AUGCGAUUCAAUUUAACAUCUUCUCGUCUUUCAAGAGAUAUUUCAAGAAUGACAAGUCUCGAAACAAUAAAUGACACUUGGUUCGACGAGUUCAAUAGUAUUUUCACUGGAUGUCUCUCGCUCAUCUUCAAUGUUUCCCUUAUAAUUGCCACGUCUCAAGUAAAAAUCUAUUCGGAUCAUGUGAAAAGAAUGCAGAUAUUCGCUGCAAUCCUAAGAUUACUCUUCUCCGUUUUGAUUAUAUUGUGUUCACCGACACUCGCCUACAUAAUUGAAGCGGAGGCAGUCUAUAUCGUCAAAGGGGGAUUUCAGUUGCCCAUCAAAUUUGGACGGGCCAUGCUGAUAUCAUUUGUUACAUUUGUCAUCUUCUCCUGUAUGGGACCGCCGAUGCAGUUUCUUCAAGUCGUUUUUAUUGUGAAGAAGAACCCCCGAACCCAAAAACGAAUCGUCUUCAUCACUACAAUAAUCUCAUUCAUCGUAUCUUUUACUGCCACUCUUCUCAUUUCUUUUGGGUACUCUCCAGACGCUUCGGACGACAAAUUAUCAGAAGAAAUCGUGUAUAACCUCAAUGGACGUGGAAAAUCUGCAUAUCUGAUUGCCUCAUUGGAAAGAUUUGAUUAUACUCUGAAUCAUUUCGUUCCGGAUCCGAUAUCUUGGACAUGUACUCUGUAUAUUCUAGCAGUUCUAGUAAUCACUACAAUUAUUUCAUUAGUUUGUUGGAUUAUCAUCAAACAGGAAAUUCAUAAAGGAUCGAAGAGUUCCAACUCAAUGAAAGCAACGCAACAAUUGAAUACUGUUCUUAUUGUUCAGUUCACACUUCCCUUCCUAACCAUCCACAUCCCUUUCUACGUCUCCUUUCUGAUGCCACUUUUUCGUGUCGAAACCUCUCGUCUCUCGAUUUAUCUACCGUAUCUGUUCUCCUGGUGUCCUGCUCUCAACCCGAUUCUGGUUAUGAUCAUGGUCAAGACUAUCAGAGAUCAGGCACGAUUCAGAAUAAACAAAAGAUCUACCAACAACAAUCACUCAAGUGCAACAGCCGCCGCCAAUAUGUUCACCAAAUCAAGUAAUAAAUGA